CGAGAGCGAGUCGGACGCAGCUUCAGCUUUUGACUGGAAGCGCAUGGCGUCACUGCGCAUGCGCCGCUGCUGCUGUUCGCGUUUCCUGUUGAUGCGCUUCUGAUCCGGAGCUAUGGCGCUGCUCAGAGCGGCUUUCUCUUCUCUUCUCUUCAGUUCCGCGUUUGCUUUGGUGCAGGACCUCGAUGACACGUUUAAAGACAGCAGGAUGGAGGACGUUUGGCUGGUGGAUUUUUAUGCUCCGUGGUGUGGAUACUGUAAGAAGCUGGAGCCGGUCUGGCAGGAGGUGGGAGCGGAGCUGACCCGCUCGGGGUCACCGGUCCGAGUCGGAAAGAUGGACGCCACUGCAUAUUCAGGUGUGGCGUCGGACUUCGGCGUGCGAGGAUAUCCCACCAUUAAACUGCCAGCCGUGCGGUCGCUGCCCAGCAGACAGAUGUUUGAGCACGUCUUGAAGAUAUUCAGUGUGUUGUUUCUGUAUGUCGGAGGCGAGUCUCCUCUGAAAGAGAAGUACACUGACGUGGCGUCGGAGCUCAUUGUGUACACAUAUUUCUUCUCUGCGUCUGAAGACGUCUUACCAGAGUCUGUGGCUUUGCAUGAAUUGCCUUCAGUGGUCGUCUUCAAAGAUGGAACCUAUUUCACAUACGAUGAGUAUGAAGACGGCAGCUUGUCGUCCUGGGUGAACCGAGAGCGCUUCCAGAGUUACCUGCCCAUCGAUGGGUUCACGCUCUAUGAGCUGGGAGAGACAGGUAAACUGGUGGCGAUCGCCGUCACUGAUGAGAAAGAUCCGACCGAGCGAAGCGGCAGGUUGAAAGGUCUGAUCCAGAGAGUUGCUGCUGAACACAGAGAUCAGUUCAACAGGGACUUCCAGUUUGGCCACAUGGACGGGAACGACUAUAUCAACAGCCUGAUAAUGGGCGAGGUGUCUGUGCCCAGCAUCAUCAUCCUCAACACCUCAAACGAGCAGUACUUCGUUCCGGCGGAGCCUGUGGAGGAUCUGGAGCAGCUGCUGCGCUUCUUCAGCAGCGUUCUGGACGGCAGCGCUCCGGCGUUCGGAGGAGACGGGAUCUUCCAGAGGAUCAAGCGCGUGGCGUACGAUGCCAGAUCCACCGUAAUGGUGAGCAGAGUUCAGAAAAACAAACCUAAAUCAAUCAUUAUUGAAUAUGUAAUGUUUGGUAAACAGAUGUUCAUGUACUGAAGAAAUCAUGUUCCUCCCUUUAAUUAAACUGUUGUAGCUGUUUGCAUUUCUGCUAGAACAAAAACCAAAGAUCAGACUAAUGCUGACUUGAGUCUGAGUUUAUUUACUCCUGUAGCUAAUGUGACUCAAGAGGAGACUCUAGAUUCAGUGAUGUUUCAUUUUUCCCACAAUGCACUUCAGAGAUGUGAAGAAUAUGAGCUGCUGCUUCAGUGUUUUAUUUAGAGAUAAACAGCCAUAGCAAAUGCAUACUGUAUCAUACUCUGGGAUUUGUAAAACUGCUUUCACACUGAUGAUCAGAUGAACUCAGAUCCACAGCAAAGGAUUGACGUGCCAGAUCAUACACCUUAAACAUAACCAAAACCUGAUUAUUCCUUAAACACACACCUCAGGUGUCCCAAGACAUUAACCCCUCAUUCAUCUUUACAUUAGACCUCCAUCUUCUUCUUAGUCCUCAGUCUGUUCAUUAUCAACAAUAUGACAAGAAAUAAUAGAACAUUUUAAGAGAAUGUCUGUUUUCAUAUAAUUGUGGGUCUGAUCAUGAAGAUAUUGAUUGUUGAAGAUGAAAACAGAAACGUUUUAAGAUUAAAGUAUUGAUCGGUUCAGAUCCUUAAUAUGAGCUGAUGCUGAAUGUGUGUGUUAUUACUGUUAUUGAAUUAUCAGGACUGUUUUAUGCUGUGAGAGCCUUCUGUGUUAAAUAUACAUUCCAGAUCACAGGAACUCAUGAUUGAUGAAACAUUAACGGCUUGUCAGUGUGUGAUGUGUACUUUAAUAAUGAGCAGAUAGAUGUGUG